AUGGAACCUGAUCACAUCUUCGAUAUCCGUUCUGAUGUCUGGUCGUUUGGAGUCCUUAUGUUUGAGGUUUUCACCUAUGGCGCGAAACCGUAUGCAGAAAUUAAUACUAAAGACAUUCCACAACGCGUAAAGAACGGCUGUCGCCUUCCGAACCCCAGGAAUUUGGGGUUCGACUGUGAAUACCAAAUGUACGAUAUAAUGAAGAGCUGUUGGUUUAUCGAUACAACAGAUCGUCCCACUUUCCGCGAACUUUGGUUUAAUUUCGAUGACAAUAUACCUAAAAAUACUGAAUAUGCGGAUUUCGAUUAG